UAUGCCUCCUCUCUCUCCUCUUUUAAUGUAGGUGUCUGUUUGACUUGGACUCACUCCCACGCUUCAUCAAUAAUACCAUCACACUUUUCUUUCUCAUCCAUAUCGUCCUCUACAGACCACCUUAAUCACACUCCACACAUCUAUUGACUGAACUCGCUACUUUUCACAGUCGGCGAUGGGCCAAUUGUGCCGCCGCCGCCUUAAAUUUACACUCUCUUCCACCACCAUGGCAGCCUUAGCUUUCCUUCUAAUUACUUCAGUUUCAGCACUUAGCCUUAACCCAACUCGCCAAUUCACUGUUGGGGUGAGGAAGGAGGUGAUUGUGGAAGAAGGAGGACUGACUCGGCGGAGACUCGGCGGGCCAGGAUCAUGGCCACCCACUUGCAGAUCCAAGUGUGGGAGAUGCUCGCCGUGUAAACCAGUGCACGUGCCGAUUCAACCCAGUCUGAGUAUCCCAUUGGAGUACUAUCCAGAGGCUUGGCGUUGCAAGUGUGGCAACAACCUGUUCAUGCCUUAGCAGCAUUAAAUGGACAGUUUUUGGUACUGCAACCGCUCUGAGAUGAAGAGAAGAUAUUCUUGUGAUUAUCAAAUUAGGGUGCUGGAUAGUCAGAAGAACGUAAAUUUUUGAACUGAUUAAUUAUUAAUGGUCUGGUCUGUCUUAGAAAUUACAAAGUUUUUAGUAUUUAGUUUGCUUGUUUAGUACUGAAUUCUUCUUGGUUUUCAUGUAGAAGACAGAUCAACAUUGGGAUUGUAAUAUAUUAGGUUUCUUGAUA